AUGCAGAGUAUCAAGACUGUGGAGACACAAGUACCAUUCCUCAAAGAGAGUUUAUUCACCUCCACAUUUAAAGGGAGGCGUAAGAGCAGCGUGACCAACAUCCUCCGCAGACAGCAGCACACUCUCCAGCUCCAACAACAACAAUGCAUCUUAGAGCACAAACACCCUACUGCACAGCAAAUCAUUUCCCCUUCAGAGCCUUCCGAGCAUCAGUGCCUAAUGCGCUCCAACAGCAGCCCGUUAUGCAAGGCAGGGGAGGGGCCAAAACAAGCCCAUGAGAGAGUGAGUAAGCCGGGCAGCAGGGGGGUGAAUGGUAGUGCCAACGCUAGUCUCCUCCCUCUCCCCGUAGCAUCCCCAGCAUCAGCAUCACAUCUGACAGAGUUGGCUCGGCAGCAGGGAUUAAGCGGCGCGGACAAAUCAGACAGAAAGAACAGCCGGGGAGCAGCAGGAGCAGGAGCCCAGGAAGGAGAUCAACAUGCCCAGCCACGAGCGCAGCACCACAGCCUGUUAGCCAAGGGGGUACGCCUGUUCAGGAACAUGGGCAACCAGGAGACGAAACAGAAAAAGGCAAGUGGAGGAGCAACGGGGGAUACCCAGUGUGACAGAGACACUGAUGACAGAGAUGUGGACAAGAAACUGAAAAAGUCACACAGCAAAGCGGACAGCAAGAAGAAGGCCAAGUCAGAUUCAAAAACUUCGGUAUUUUCUAACAUGAAGAUCAAGAAGACUAAAAGAUCAUCCAAAGAAGAUGUCUUGGAAGAACAGAAAGUGGAGGCGAGUCAGUCUGUGGAUGAUUUAGGCUUGCUGUCAGAUUAUGAAGGAGAUCAUAACUAUUUAGUGUCAAAUGGGGAGCAAUCUGGAGAGAAUGGACAGAAAACAAGCUCAGGGUCAGAUGUUGAUCUCUACAGCUAUCACUCUGCUGCGACAGACAAUGAAGACCUUUUAAAAGACAUCCAAAUGACCAUAAAACAACAGUGUGAGGAAACCGAGGAGUUGCUAGAGCUAAUGGUCAGUCAGUACUCCCAAAGGUCAAUCGCUGAGGGCAAAGUCAAAAGUAGCAAGAAUAAGCAAGCUUUAAGUGUAGCAAAGAACACAGAAAUUGCAAACCAGGGUAUCCCAAUGUCUAGAGAUUCGUCUGGUGAAAGUGGACAGUCAGCAGAACAAAGCAGUGGUAGUCUUUUCCCCAAGACAAACAGCACAUAUAGUUUUCCAGACACUACAGGCACCACAACGUCCUAUGAGAGUGCAGAGGAGCCCCAGGAUGAUCUGGAGAGCCCGGUUCAAGCUAGUCCAGGCCGGCAGAGCAAAAAGUGUGUUCCAAAUGUUUAUCUAGAUGCUAGUGUUGUAGCAGGUGCAGGGCCGCUGUGUGGACAGAAAAGUGUAAGCAGUACCGAUCUGUCAAUGGAGAGAGGAGAGGAGGAGGAACUUGGAAAACAAAACUUCCUGUCGCUCAAAAGGAGGAAGAAUAGUAUGUCAUCCAAUCAGCUAAAUAUAGAUUCGCAACCAAGAAGAAGAAGCUCUACAGUCAAACUCUACCCCCCUGUGCACCCUUCUUAUGUGAAGACCACUACCAGACAACUCACCUCUCCCAUUGGCUCUCCUUUAACCAGCCCCAAUGUGCCCAGGAAAGAACCCACAACACAGGAGUCAAGUGCAGCAUCAUCAGGGUUACGGAAGCGUAAGCAGAGGUCUUCUUCCAUUGCUGGGCCUUUGAGUGCUGCAGAAUGGGCAGCAAACCUGGAUGAGCUGGAUAUUAAGACUAAGAGUGAGGUGAAAGGCGAAGAGAAGGAGACACAGGACAAGGUGUUCACAGCUGGGACAUACUGGACUCUGGGAUCCAGGAGAGCACACUAUGUGCGGCAGGCCUCCAACACACCAACACCCUACCUGGAUGUCUUCUCUGGUCAGACCUUGUUGGAGAGGGUGAGUUUGCAGCAGGGAGAGGGCUGCACGGGCCAAGAAGCAAAGGACCUGUGUCAGAAAAUGUUGGCUAUGGGUUUACUCCACCCUUUCAGUGACAGCAAUGGAGAGUCCAACCACUGUGCCACAAGUCCGACCUCUCCUGUCUUCUAUGAGGAGCAGCUGUACACCUGGGCCUCUCUGGGACUGCCUGUGUCUUCUCAUAUAUGGGAGCUGUAUGGAGGCAAAAGCACAGGCAGAGUGUCUAACUCCAGACGCGCUCUGCACCACACAUCACCUGUCAAACCCUCCUCAGACCUGCCCUCUCCGACAGAAUCUAGCAGGUUGAAAUCAGGACAGUCUUCCUCAGAGGAUGAAGGCCUUCUGGUGCCUCAGCUGGGGCGCACCAUCAGUGACCUGCGGAUUAAGAUUGAUGCACUGCAGGGCCAGCAGGACGGCUUGGCAAAAGAGACAGAGAAUUCUGUUGAGUCUUCAGGCAUUCGCAUGCUGCACAAGACCUCACAUGUGACGGGCAGAGCAACAGCGAAAAGACAAGAUGUGUGUGUCCAGACCUCACCCAUUAAAGAGCGACCGAGGGCUGAUGGUGUGCCUAUGAGCCAGACAUCAACUUGGAAGUCUUCUUCCAGUUCAGCUCCAAUGUCCAGCUCUGCAGACGGCCCUGUGUGCAGCGUUUGCCAGAAGAAGCAGCAAAGUACUGUUAAAGCCCCACCUCCCCCUCCACCUCCGGGUAUGGGACCACCACAUCCUCCCCCUCCUCCCCCUCCUCUUCCUGGUAUGGGACCACCACCACCCCCACCACCUCCUCCUCCUCCCCCUCCUCCUGGUAUGGGACCACCACCACCACCCCCUCCUCCUCCUGGUUGUGGACCACCACCCCCUCCUCCUGGUUGUGGACCGCCACCCCCUCCCCUUCCUCCUGGAUGUGGACCACCACCCCCUCCCCCUCCUCCUGGCUGCGGACCCCCCCCACCACCUCCUCCACCCGGGAUGGGUCCACCUCCACCCAGACUUCCAGGCUUUGGUCCUCCGCCUCCACCAGGACCCGUGCCCUCCAUGGCUGUCCAGGAAGCAGCUCCUGCCAAGGCCAUAAUUGAGCCUCCCAAGCCCAUGAAGCCGCUGUACUGGACACGCAUCCAGCUGCAUGCUAAAAAGCAAAAUGACGCAUUGGUGUGGGAAAAAAUAGAAGAACCAUCUGUGGAUUUUGAUGAAUUUGUGGAACUCUUUUCUAAAAGUGCAGUAAAGGAAAAGAAAAAGCCCAUUUCAGAUACUAUCAGCAAGACCAAAGCCAAACAGAUGGUGAAGCUGCUGAGCAACAAGCGGUCUCAGGCUGUGGGCAUUUUGAUGUCCAGUAUUCAUCUGGACAUGAAGGACAUCCGCAAUGCCGUUCUCAACAUGGACAACAGCAUUGUGGACCUGGAGACACUGCAAGCUCUCUAUGAAAAUAGAGCUCAAGCAGAUGAACUGGACAGCAUUAAAAGGCACAUCAGUGCAACUAAAGACAAGGAGGAUGCAAAGCUAUUGGACAAGCCAGAACAAUUUCUGUACCAGUUAUCUGAAAUCCCCAACUUUUCCCAGCGAGUUUUCUGCAUCCUUUUCCAGUCGACUUUCCACGAGUGCAUCACCUCCGUCGUUCGGAAAGUAGAAAUCCUUCAGAAAGUGUGCAAGAAUCUGCAGGGGAGUCAGAGCGUGCUACAAGUGCUGGGUCUGGUGCUGGCCUUUGGAAACUACAUGAAUGGAGGGAACCGCACUCGGGGGCAGGCUGACGGCUUCACACUGGACAUCCUGCCAAAACUCAAGGACGUUAAGAGCAGUGAUAACUCCCAGAGUCUUUUGUCCUACAUCGUUGCUUACUAUCUGAAGCACUUUGAUGAGGAUGCUGGCAGAGAGACAUGUGUGUACCCACUGCCCGAGCCUCAGGACCUGUUCCAGGCCUCACAAAUGAAGUUUGACGACUUUGAGAGGGAUUUACGCAAGCUGAGAAAAGACCUCAAUGCGUGUUCGGCGGAAACUGACAAAGUGUGCAAGCUGUCAUCGGAAGAGAACCAGCAGCCUUUUAAGGACAAGAUGGAUGAUUUUCUCAACAAAGCCAAAACAGAGCUGGAGACGCAGGAGAGGCAGCUGGCAGACACUCAGAAGAUUUUCCUGGAGCUCAGUGUGUCUUUCUCGGUCAAACCCAAAGCAGGCGAGAAAGAGGUCUCCCCCAAUACGUUCUUCUCCAUUUGGCACGAGUUCUCCUCCGAUUUCAAAGAGCAGUGGAAGAGGCAGAACAAGCUGAUGUUACAGGAGAGGGUCAAAAUGGCUGAGGAAUGCUUCAAACAAGCCAGAGAGAAGGCUUCCUACAAUGUGAAACCCAAACAUGCAACUGGAAUAAAAGCCAAGUUGGGCCAGAAGAUCUGACGCGGGAAGGUGGAAAAUCAUCAUCAAGCAUCCUUUCGCACUUGCGCUGUUUAGACAGUCUUGACACGGGCCAUACGUCAAUUUGACAACAUUUAUUUACCCCGAGUGUUUGUUUUCAAUUGAUUUAAGGUCGCUGUUUAUUGUGAGUGGGUCCAAAGUGGAUCUAAUGUUGAUACUGAAGUGAAAAAGUGCUCUCGUUUUAGUGUUCUUUGAUAGUGCCCCUGUAAUUCCAAUGAAAUAUGCCUACCACAGGACGCCGUUAAGCUGACAGGAUUUAUUAAAGUCAAAAUGGCUCCAGAAGCACUCUCCAGUACUUUAUACAGAGCUAUUUUAGUGAGUGGUACGUUUACAUGUGCGAGCAAGAGAAGCACAGCCGCCUGAAAUAUUGUGAUGUGGUGCGGGAAGAUCACACGGAGCCAUACAUUAAGUGCCUUAUUACGCAGUCAUUUGUCGAAAGGACAGCGUACACUUAUGGGACCCAUACAUAGAGUCAAAUCAUUGGACAAAUUUUGUUUGAAAAACAUUUGUGUUUAUGGAGGAGCAAGCUUGAACAAGUAUGUCUGACAUUUUGUAUAGUUCCCUUGUGACUAUUUCUGCUUGCUUAAAGUGUGGUAAUUUUUGAUAAAUAAUAAUAUAAUUAUGUUUCUAUGCAGUCAUUAUCUUUCUUAUCUAUCUCUGCUUGCUUGUACAAACCAACAUAUUCUGAAAAUGUGACUUUCUUGUGCAA